AUGCAGGAAGCGAUGGAUACCGAUGAACAGUCUCCGCUGGAGAGUACUCCGGCGUCGAGGUCCAAGUCUCGCUCCGAUCACUUGAUGAAGCGCGUGUCCAGGGCAUGCUUGCAUUGUCGACAACGCAAAUCCAAAUGUGAUCUAGAUAGUAGUGGCAGUCCGGGAGUACCGCCGUGUCAGCGGUGUAUCCGAGAUGGUCGAGAAUGCGUCCUGGGCAGCUCGAACCGUGGGGGCCGUCGCAUUCGCAAAAACAAAUUAAAAAACUAUACGCCGGACACCAGCCUAACCGCUCGAAGAGAUUCGAUUCUAGAAACAACCAGUCCCACCAAUUCCGACAACCGCCAGAGCACGAAUGGUUCCUAUCCCGGUCCGGUUGUUUUUGUGCCUCCCAAUCCCCCAACGACGACUUCAGCAUCGGUGGACGACGAAGAUGCGGCCUCGAUCGGCUCCGUGCCGCGAAAUCCGUCAGAUGCGUGGCAGUGCUUGACUGGCAUUGCUAAAAGGGGCGUGGACGAUGCUAGCCCCGAGGCGGUCGCUGAUCCUCUGCGUCCCGGCGCCAGUGGGUUCACUUCGUAUAAUGUACUUCAAAAUAGCGGCGUUGCCGAUUUUCAACCCACCGGUGGUAUUCGAGCCUACAGACUCGUCCAAGCGCGAUCCUUGGACCCAGGAACUGUAUGGCAGCUGGUGGCUCGCUAUGCCGAGAACUUUCACCCCUACCUCCCCUUGGUCCCGCGGAAAUACUUUCACCGCAGCGCUUUGGAUGCGUUUGCCAAGAAUGAAAAACAUUUGCUUACUGCGGUGCUGACGAUCGCAUCGAAGGAUCUGGUCGAACGGCCCGAAAUCCAUGAAUACUGCUCCAAAUACAUGCACGAAUUGAUAUCGGGGAUCGCUGCCGGAACCGACUGCGACGUGGAGGCCGUCGAGGCCCUGCUUCUUCUUGCGGAGUGGGAGCCUCAGGGCCUUCGACCUCGUAUUGAGCGCGUGGGUCGCGGAGAAGAAGACCGAGCGGCCUGGAUGCACGUCGGCCUUGCAUUACGGUCGGGCUACUUCCUCGGGUUGGAUCGGACGUCAUUUCGUGGGGAUUCGGGCGAUACCGAGACAGAGGCCCGUCGGCGGCUGGCGUGGACGAGUUGCUACAUCUCCGAUCGACUCAUUUCUGUUCGCAUUGGACGUGCGUUUUGGUCGCGAGGGCCAGGGCCGAUGACAGGUCUUGUCAGUCAAGACUUUCCUUCUUUGCAGCCGAUGAAAGAUGGGGACGAGGACUACGCCCGGAUAUUUCAGGCAACUCUUGACUUGACUCAGCUCUACGGAAACGUCCAUGACUUGCUCUACUCCGGAAUGCGGACCAGCAAUCAGAUGAUGCUCAUGGGAGAUUAUGUGAAGUACGUGGACGACUUCCGACUAGCGAUUCUGCGGUGGAAGUCUCUUUGGGGCACGUUGUCUUGCUCUACGCCGAUGCAAGUCACACUACAAUUAUCAUAUGAAUAUCUAAGGCUGUAUACCAACGCUUUUGCGUUUCAAGCAGCAAUCUCCCAGUCAUUGGUUUCGAAAACCAAGAAUGACGAUCAGUCACAAAGAGAACAUCUGCGAUCAACGUUCAACAACGUGGCCUCUAUGCAGGACGCCAGGUUCAUCUACGAGUCUGUGGAUGCUGCCAAAGCAUAUUUGACCAUUCUCGUUGACAUGGUCCACCCGGAGAAGCAUCUGCACUUCAUGCCUCUUCGGUUCUACCUGUACGGCAUCUAUGCAGCCGUCUUCUUAUACAAGGCGCGCUCAUUCGGCGUCAUGCCACAUUCCGAAGAAUUGAAUGUUCGGGACCUCGUCACUCGAACCACCGACGUUCUGAAACGAGCGAGUGCCGGCCCGGACGAUAUCGGUUCGCGGUACUCUCGACUUCUUGAGCUGCUUUGGCAGUCCAAGUCAACAUCGAUCUCAUCACCUGCGGGAACACAGCAGAGUAGCGAUCUCCGAAUGCAGAGCAGCUCCCUUCAGCAUCGCAUGGCCGAGCAGGCCAACUACGUACACUUUAGCCCCGCGAAUGACUUCUCCUGGUUGGAUCUGGAAGCCGUCGGAGAUUAUGUCUCGGGCGACCAAAUAUCUGGCAACACGCUGGCAUUCGAUGCUUUUCAAAAUCCCGACCCAUUCCAAGAUCGGUCGCAAACAUGGCAAGUCCCGUGGUCAGGGGAUAUGAGCAGCAGUCUUCUGUUCUAG